UUGCCUUGCCCUCUGUAUUGUUUGUUCUCCGUUGCCGAACUAUUUUUGUACUUGCCAUUUUUUCUGCUGGAUUUACCAUGUAUGACCCAAUUUUGCCUUUUACACUCUGGUAUGUUGUUUAUAAUUGCUGCCUUCCUGUUUUUCUUUUUGUUUUCAGCAUUACCAAAAACAUGGAACCUGGUGCUGUGUGGGAGGGAGGCAGAAACAAAGGCAUCCGUGUCUAAACUUUUAUUAGAAAAAAAUAUUGAAGUAUGUGGACGUCUGAUCUCCCUGGUGGAGCUUCCAGCUCUCUACAGCUCUCAGCUCUCAGAGGAGGAAGUGAUGCAGGAGACUCUCCGCUGUGUCUCUCUCUGUGAUCCUGGAGUUCAUGCUUUUCUCCUCGUCCUUCCUGAGGGACGUCUCACUGAUGAAGAUAAAGGAGAACUGGAGAAGAUCCAGAACAUCUUUGGCACUGAACUGAAAAGCCUCUCACUUGUCCUCAUUGCCCAACAACUUCUGAACAAAGAAUUAGAUGAGUCUGUUAAGAAAAUGAUCAACAGUUUUGGGGGACGAUAUAUUUUUUUCAACAUCAAAACAGAUGCUGCAAAUCUGAUGACAUGCUUAAAGAAGCUUUUUAGAGAUAAUGGAGAUUGUCAUUACACAAUGGCUAAGUUUGUUGAUGCUCAGGUUGAAACACAGCUGAAGUACAAAAGGACAAUUGAAAAUCUACUAAAAGAAAUCAAAGAUCUCCAGACAAGGAACAAGGAUCAACAAGAAGAUCUGUUCAGAAACCAUGACACUCUGCGGAUUGUCCUGCUGGGGAAGACUGGAGUUGGAAAGAGUGCGACUGGGAACACCAUCUUGGGAAAUGAAGUGUUUAAGGAAGACUUUGGUGAAUCAGUUACCAUUGUGUGUCAGAAAGAAACAGCUGAAGUCAACGGCAGGCAGAUUACAGUAAUUGACACUCCGGGACUUUUUGAUACAAAUGUUGAUAAUGAAGAGAUCACUAAAGAAAUCACUAGAUGCAUCUCCAUGGCAGCUCCAGGUCCACAUGUGUUCCUGCUGGUGCUGAGUGCAGGACAGCGCUUCACACAAGAAGAGCAAGACACAGUGAAGAUGAUCCAAAAUACUUUUGGGGAGAAGUCUAAAAUGUACACGAUUGUGCUCUUCACUAAAGGAGAUGCACUAAAAGGAAAACCCAUUAAAGAGUACAUAACGAAGUCUGGGACUAAACUACAAAAAUACCUGCUUGAAUUUGGAAACAGAUAUCAUGUGUUCAAUAACAACAAUAAUAAUACCAACACCACCCAGGUCACUGCUCUACUGGAGAAGAUCGACUCCAUGGUGAAAGUGAAUGGAGGGAGCUGCUACACUAAUGAGAUGUUCCAGCAGGUGGAAAAAGCUCUUCAGCAAGAUCAGGAGAGAAUCCUGAAGGAGAGAAAAGAGGAGAUAGAGAGAGAGAAAGAAGAACUGAGAACUAAACAUGAAGCUGAGCUGGAGAAACUGAGAAAACAGAUGCAAGAACAAAAAGAGGAGCAAGAAAAAGCAGACAGGAGAAAAGAGGAUGAAUUUAAAGAAAGAGCACUGCAAAUAAAAAAAGAGAUGACAGAAAGAGAACUGAUACAAAGAGAAGAUUUCAAGAAGAGAAGAGAAGAGGAUGAAAAACAAAUGAAAGAGUGGAUAGAUCAAAUAAACAGAGAAAGGGAGGAAACCAGAAAACAGUGGGAAAAACAAAGAGAGGACGAUCAGAGACGGAGAGAUCAAGAGGAGGAGCAGAGAAGAAAGGCAGAAGAAGAUUGGAAGAAACAACAGAGCGAAGAAAAAGAGAAUUUUGAGAGAGAAAGACGAUUAAUACAAAAAGAAAAGGAAAAUCAGCAGAACUUACAGAAGGAGUACGAAAGAAAGAAACAAGAGGAGGAGAAAAGAAUAAGAGAAUUAGAAGAGAAAAUUAAACAUGCAGAGGAAAGUAAAAAGAAGGAGCUGCAGGAGCAACUGUUAGCUCAGCAGAGAGAAUGGGAGAGGAUAAAGGACGAGGAGAAGAGGAGAGAGGAACAGCAGCGGUGUUGGGAGAAAAAAAUGGCAUCUAUUGAGGAAUGGAAUUUACAGCAGAUCAGAAAACAAAAAAAUUAUGAAUGGGAAAAACAAAAAGAAAAAACGGAGAGAGAAAUUAAAGAAAAGGAGAGAAAAGAGACAGAAGAAAAAGAGAAGAGGAGGAUAGAGACUGAAGCAAAUGAGAAGUUAAGAAAGAUGGAAGAAAAAAUGAAAGCAGAGAGAGAAAAAGAGGAGGAAGAAAAAAGAAAAAGGGAUGAACAGUUCCAAAAGGAACUGAAAGAUCAGCUGCAGAAACAGCGAGAUACGUUUGAAAGAGAGAAAGAGUUAAAGGAGCAAAAACGGAUCAAUGAAGAAAAGAUAAACAUUGACUUCCUUAAAGAAACUCACAAGAAGGAGAUGAAUGAGCUGAAGACUCAGACUGAAUCCGCAGCAAGAAAACAGGCAGAGGCAGAUUUUAAUGCGCAACUUGAUGAAAAAGUUAAAGAAGCAAAACAAAAAGGAUUUGAAGAGGGUUUUGAACAAGCAGAGGCAGACAGAACAAUACCAGGUCGAGCUGUAGAUAGAUUUGUCAAUUAUGUUUGUGGGUCAAAGAACAAAGAAAACGGAAAAAAAGAUAAUUGAAUAAGUCAAUAGGUGUUUUAAAGAGUGUUCAAUCAGACCAAUUAUUGCCAUUUUUAGAUAUCUGUGCUCAAAAGUCUGAAAUGUAUUCAAUGCCUUCAAACAUGCUCCGCCUUGUGCGAGUUUUGCUGCUGUGUAGCACUGUUGGAGCUCCCCCUAGUGUCUAUUCUGCCAUUCUACCCUACACCAUGCAUCUCAUUCCACUGAUUGACAGCAGGGAAGCUGGGGAACACAACCUCAAAACCUUCGCAUGGAGCUUACAGACACAGGCUAAUUAUAUACAGCUGGAGCUUAUUUACUCUUUAGAGAAAGGCUUCAUUUCAGCCUGGACAUGAUUCCAAACAGGAUGAGAAUGUAAACCCAUCAGAAUGGAUUUAGUAAUGAACAGUGUAGCUUUAAUGAUAGACUAAGCUUUAGCCUACUAUUUGCCUACUCACACAGCCAGCUCUGUGGUAUCUAAUGCUAGCUAGCUACUUUAGCUUAGCUUGACUUAUGCUAUAACGCUUGACUAACUCACAGCUACAGGAGAACAGCAGUUGAAUGCUGCUCUUCAGAAACUCUGUUUCUAACUUUAAAACCCUAAAAAAGUGUUAGUUUUA